AACGAAGCCCGGGGGUGGGGGCCAGCGGUCAGCACACAGGCCUGCGGCCAAGACCGAAACGUUUUCAAAGGACUAAAUGGGGUGGCCCAAGCAAAGGAGGAUCUUUGAACCUGCAGCCUACGUAGGUGGAGGAGAACUUGAUCUCCCGCGGAGGACUGUCUGUCCAGUACUGCACAGUCUCCAGGAUCGAGCGGUCAGGAGGGCCGGAGUGGCAGCCCUAAGGCUUGUGUCAUUUUUGAAUAUUCUCGGAUCAUAUUUUAACUAAAGGGUGGCUGCACGUGACUCCUUUGGAGCCGUCGCUGCGACUUGGGUUUUGAGAACCGAACUCUUUGCCCGGAAAGCACCUUUAUCUGGGACCUGCUUUAUCUUGGAGAUAGCCCUGAGUCAUGCUUUAGAGAGGUGCCCUGUGUGAUGAAGAGCUCACGUGUGGGCUGGUCCAAGCCCGAUGCUCCCCUUUCGCCUUAGUCCCGGAGGACCCACGGGGGCCCUGGGAGUGAAGAAGCCUUGUCCUCCUUGCUCGCCAGUGCUCUUCCCUGGAACCUGGGCCCCUGGAGACUCAGCGCUGGAGCAGAUGGAUAAUGGAGACUGGGGCUAUAUGAUGACUGACCCAGUCACAUUAAAUGUAGGCGGACAUUUGUAUACAACUUCUCUCACCACAUUGACUAGAUACCCGGAUUCCAUGCUUGGAGCUAUGUUUGGGGGAGACUUCCCCACAGCUCGAGACCCUCAAGGCAAUUAUUUCAUUGAUCGUGAUGGACCUCUUUUCCGCUACGUCCUCAACUUCUUAAGAACUUCAGAGUUGACCUUACCCCUGGAUUUUAAGGAAUUUGAUCUGCUGAGGAAAGAAGCAGAUUUUUAUCAGAUUGAGCCCUUGAUUCAGUGUCUCAAUGAUCCUAAGCCUCUGUAUCCUAUGGAUACUUUUGAAGAAGUUGUGGAGCUGUCCAGUACUCGGAAGCUCUCCAAGUACUCCAACCCAGUAGCUGUCAUCAUCACCCAAUUAACCAUCACCACCAAGGUCCAUUCCUUGCUAGAAGGGAUCUCAAACUAUUUUACAAAAUGGAAUAAGCACAUGAUGGACACCAGAGAUUGCCAGGUUUCCUUUACUUUCGGACCCUGUGAUUAUCACCAGGAAGUCUCUCUCCGGGUCCACCUGAUGGAAUACAUCACCAAGCAAGGGUUCACGAUCCGCAACACCAGAGUGCACCACAUGAGCGAGCGGGCCAAUGAGAACACAGUGGAACACAACUGGACUUUCUGCAGGCUGGCCCGGAAGACAGACGACUGAUCUCCACACCUGGGGAAAGUCCUGGAAACUGAUUCUCCAGGAGAUGGAGAGACUGAUUUUUUUUUUAAAAAAUCACAGUGUGGGCUUUUAAAAAACAAUGUAUUUAUUUGAAGGCAUAAGGACCAGAAGGUGUGUUAGCAGACUCUUCUGUUUCGUUCUCUUCACCUGAGUAUGCAUGUGCCUGUUCAGAGCCUCCAGAUACCUUUUUUAUAAAAAGAAGUCUGAAAAUCAUUAUGGUAUAUAAUCUACCCUUAACUGAGCUUUUGUUUUUAUUACAGUGCUAAAAUGAUUUCUGAUUAAAUGGUCCCUAACUUAACUAGAAGGCUAAAAAUACAGGAAUGAAAGAAUAAACAGAAUACUCAUGAUGCCUUUGAAAAAAAUCAAAUCAUCAGGGCGACCUAGUUCCAACCCAGUGAGCAGUAUUGUAAUAUUAAAGGAAAACUUUCAAUCAUUUAAAAGUACUUGUUAAGUACUUCUUUUUACAGUUAUGACAACUGUUUCUUUCUAUGCAUAUAAAUCAAGCAACCAA